CGCUCGCCCCAGCCGGCCUCCCUCCCUCCCUCCCUCCCUCCCUCUCCGUCUGCAGGAAGGGAGAUCCCCGCGCAAUCCCAGCUGCGUUUGGAGGGAGAGCGAGAGGGCGGCACCACUGAAGCGGGGUCUGCUGUCAGCGAUGUUGCAGUGCAGACAUGCCCAAGAGUUCAGCUUUGGGCCCCGAGCGCUGAAGGACGCUCUGAUCUCCACGAACCCUGCGCUGCAGGAGCUCUACGCCAAGGCCUUCUCCAGCGCCGAAAAGCUCUUUCUCUCCGAAGCGUACAACCCGCACAGGACACUUUUCUGCAGCCUGUUCAUCCGGACGGCUUUCGACUGGCUCCUCAGCCACCCUGAUGCCCCUGAGGACUUUGAAACCUUCUACUACUCCCUGCUGAGGAGGAAGCAGAGAGUCUACCGCAAACACAUAUACCUGCAGCCUAUAGAUCUAAGCGACGGCCCUGCUGGGAUCUCGCUGCUGGACUCCCUCUGUGGCUGCGUCGAGUCUUUCUUUUGGGGUCUCCGAGUCAAGUGCCUUCCUUCCGUCCCAGUCUCUUCCAUCCACUGCUGUUACCGUCACAGCCAGGAUUCGGACAGAGUGCAGCUGCAUACAGAUGGGAUCCUGACCUUUCUGAAGAACAACAAGCCCAUGGAUGCCCUCUGCGUCUUGGGUCUCACCCUUGCCGACCUCUACCCCUGUGAAACAUGGAGCUUCACCUUCAGCAAGUUCUUGCCUGGCCAAGAGGUGGGAGUCUGCAGCUUUGCCAGGUUCACGGGCGACUUCCCCCAGAUGGGUUGCACCACAUUAAACCCAGCACCAUGGAGACAAGAGGUUCAUGACGAAGUUAUGGAGCACGCCAGACAUCAGGCGUUGCUGUUCAACAUGCUGGAGAUGCUCCAGUGUUGCAAGGUCACAUGCCAUGAAAUCUGCCACCUGAUUGGCUUGGGGAAUUGCCGUUGGCUCCAGUGCAUCAUGCAGGGGGCUCUGAGUUUGGAUGAAGUUCUGCUGCGGCCGCUGGAGCCCUGCCCAAUAUGCCUCCGGAAGCUGCAGUACGUGGUGGGUUUCAAACUCAUCGAGCGCUACAAGAAACUCUAUGCCUGGAUGCAAACUCUUUUGUCUACCUGGCCCAGCCAAGACCCGGCAGACUUGUCCGUGUCGGAAGACGUUUUGCCAUACAGCGCUGACUCUGGGAUGGGUGGCGAGAACGAUUCCGAAGCGGUGACGUCCCUCUCGGAGCCCCUGACCCCAGAUACUUGCAGCCAGGCAGUUUCCACGUUGCAGGAUCUUGACCUCGACGAGCCGUCCUGUUCUCUGGCCGAUGCUCCCAGCCAGGAGCGACUGGGCGGGGCUCCCAAGCCCUCGGACAUAAUUAAGGAGUACACCCUGUGGCUGGAGAUGUGCAUCGCCGCUCUGGAAAAGGACGUCUCUGAGGAGGAUCUCUUGCAAGUAGACAAGGCGGUGGAUGCCCUGGCCCGCUGGGAAAUGUUCACAGGGGAGCUGCCCAGCGUCCGGAGGGACCUGCCUUUUGCCAGUGACACUGCGGGGCUGCGGAAGGUCCUUGGAGACAAGUUCUCCUCCUUGAGAAGGAAACUGAGCUCCAGGAAAGCAGCCAGGGGUGAAUCUUCCCCUUGUCGCUGGAGAUGGGAGGACAGCUAGCCUGACACACUGCCUGUUUCUCAUAUUCAUUAAUUGUGGGUUUUGUUAGAUCCCUUUCUUCUUGUUAUGCCUCUCGUCCUUUCCGCUGCAAGUUCUCAUUGAUUUAUCAGAGAAAGAAUCAAGAACUCUGCUACUGCAAUUAAAAAAAAAGAAAAACUUCUACUGAGGUAUUUCCUUGUCCUUCCUGAAGCAAUUCUUUGGUUUGUUGUAUCCAAAUACGCAAAUAUGAUCAGAAGAGUCUUUCAGGUAACCGUUGUUAAGUCAUAUAUAUAGAGCUUUCAAAGUUUUAACCAGUACUUUAAAUUGGGCCUGAAAACCGACCCAGGUAGACUAUUUGGUCCAAACUUAGCAAUUUUCUUUUAGGGCUUUGAGAGUUAAAUGUAUUUUAAGACAAGCGCACUCUCUUCUCUCCCACCUCCCAUCAAGUCAUGAACUUUGUUCUAUAUAGCUGCACUCAGAUUCCAAGGCUAAACCAUUGACCCCCCCCAAAAUAAUGUCACCUUUUUAAGGAUCCAGCUAUAAAUAACUUGAGCUCCUUUGCUGCAUAAUAAAGCAAUUGAGAGGAAUGCAUGCUUUCCUGGCAAUCUCUAGAGACACCUGGGCCUUUUCAACCAAGGAGAAGAGGAGCCAGUGUGGAAAUUGUCCUUCCACAUACAAAGUUUGAAAAGUAUCUGCAAGUGUUCCUUUAGAAACAGGAAGCCAUGAUGUAGUUCUUCCAAACAAAUGCAAUUUAAAAUUUAAAAAAGCAUAAUCUUGCAAGCACUGCUUUUUAAAAAAAUAAAUAAGAGAAAGUGCUGGUACUCACCAUGAAGUUGUUAUACCAGAAAAAAAAAGAACUUCUUGCAACCAUGCUAAAUAAAUCUCAGGUGUUGUGCUAACUUCUUG